CUUACAGCAAAUUCUGUACGAACAGCAGCAUGUUCCUCUGUAGCGGUCGGAUGAUUCAAGUGCUCGUCCUCACUCUCAGCGCGGUCGCGAGCGUCUGGGGUUCUCCGUUGUCCCAGGAGAGGUUCCAGAUUACGACAUUCGGUGCGGAACGGCGAGCUCGGUGGUCGCUGGAGGGCAAGACAGCCGUUGUCACCGGGGGCACCAAGGGUAUCGGCAAGGCUAUCGUGGAGGAGCUGGCGUGCCUGGGGGCUAAGGUCAUCACAUGCUCCAGAAACCCCGCGGAUGUGGCGGCCUGCCUCGAGGAAUGGAAAAGCAAGGGCCUGCUCGUGGAAGGCACAGCAGCGGACGUUACAACAGCUGAGGGGCGGGAGUCGUUGGUCAAACUAGCAGAAGAACAUUUCGGGGGACUGCUGGACAUCCUGGUGAACAACGUCGGCACCAACAUUCGCAAGGCGACAGUCGACUAUACCCCGGAAGAGCUAGCCUACGUCAUGGACACAAACUUCACUUCUCUGUUCCUGCUCACCAAGUUGCUGCACCCCCUGCUCAAGGCUGCGGCAGCGGUGAAGGGGUCAAGGGAGAACGGGGGGUCGUCCGUCAUUAACAUCUCUAGCGUCGCUGGGAUCACGCCGAUAAAGUCAGGAUCCCCGUACGCCGCAAGCAAGGCCGCCAUGAAUCAGGUGACUAGAUUAUGGGGCUGUGAGUGGGCUCCGGACGGGAUCCGAGUUAACGCCGUCGCUCCGUGGUACACGAAGACACCGCUUACGGAGCCGGUACAGGCGGACCCCGUGAGGGUGAACGAGAUUACUCAACGAACCCCUAUGAAGCGAUGGGCGGACGCGGACGAAGUGAGCGGCAUGGUAGCGUUUCUCUGCAUGAAGGGCGCCGGCUACAUCACGUCGCAGGUCAUCGCUACGGACGGAGGCUUCACAGCAAAUGGAUGGAUGACCUAA